AUGGCACAGGCACUGUUGGUACCACCAGGACCUGAAAGCUUCCGCUAUUUUACUAGAGAAUCUCUCGCAGCUAUUGAAAAGCGUUCUGCAGAAGAAAAAGCUAAAAAGCCCAAGCAAGAACAUACAGAUGAUGAUGAUGAAAAUGGUCCAAAACCAAACAGUGACUUGGAGGCAGGAAAGACACUGCCAUUUAUUUAUGGGGACAUACCUCCGGGAAUGGUGUCUGAGCCCUUGGAAGACUUGGACCCAUAUUAUAUCAAUCAAAAAACUUUCAUAGUACUGAAUAAAGGGAAGGCAAUUUUCCGAUUCAGUGCCACAUCUGCCUUGUACAUUCUAACUCCUUUUAAUCCCAUCAGAAAAAUUGCUAUCAAGAUUUUGGUACAUUCAUUAUUCAGCAUGCUUAUCAUGUGCACUAUUCUGACCAACUGUGUGUUUAUGACCAUGAGUAACCCUCCGGACUGGACAAAGAAUGUAGAGUACACUUUCACUGGAAUUUAUACCUUUGAAUCACUUAUAAAAAUUCUGGCACGGGGCUUCUGCUUAGAAGGUUUUACUUUUCUGCGAGAUCCAUGGAACUGGCUUGACUUCAGUGUCAUUUUAAUGGCAUAUGUGACAGAGUUUGUGGACCUGGGCAAUGUCUCAGCGUUGAGAACGUUCAGGGUUCUCCGAGCUUUGAAAACAAUAUCAGUCAUUCCAGGUCUAAAGACUAUAGUGGGAGCCCUAAUUCAGUCUGUGAAGAAGCUCUCAGAUGUCAUGAUCCUGACUGUGUUUUGUCUGAGUGUAUUUGCACUAAUAGGGCUGCAGCUGUUCAUGGGCAACUUGAGGAAUAAAUGCCUGCAGUGGCCUCCAGACAAUUCCACUUUUGAAAUAAACAUUAUUUCCUACAUUAAUAGCACAAUUGAUGAAAAUGGUACAUUUGUUAAUACAACAGUGAGCACAUUUAACUGGAAGGACUACAUCGAGGAUGAAACUCAUUUUUACGUUCUGGAAGGACAAAGAGAUGCCCUACUUUGUGGUAAUAGCUCUGAUGCAGGGCAGUGCCCAGAAGGAUAUAUAUGUGUGAAAGCUGGUAGAAACCCCAACUAUGGCUACACAAGUUUUGACACCUUCAGUUGGGCUUUCCUGUCACUCUUUCGGCUAAUGACUCAGGACUUCUGGGAGAACCUUUACCAGCUGACACUGCGUGCUGCUGGAAAAACAUACAUGAUAUUUUUUGUUCUGGUGAUUUUUCUGGGCUCUUUCUAUCUGAUCAAUUUGAUCCUGGCUGUGGUUGCCAUGGCCUAUGAAGAACAGAAUCAAGCAACAAUGGAAGAAGCAGAGCAGAAAGAGGCAGAAUUUCAACAAAUGCUGGAACAACUGAAAAAGCAACAAGAAGAAGCACAGGCAACAGCAGCAGUAGCAGCAGCAUCAGUUGCAUCAAGAGAUUUCAGUGGUGUAGGGGGAUUAGGAGAACUCUUAGAAAGUUCUUCAGAAGCAUCAAAACUGAGCUCGAAGAGUGCCAAAGAAAGGAGAAACAGAAGGAAGAAAAGAAGACAGAAAGAACUGUCUGAAGCAGAGGACAAAGGAGAUAAUGAUAAAUUUCCCAAGUCUGAAUCAGAAGAUAGUAUCAGAAGGAAAAGUUUUCGCUUCUCCACGGAAGGCAGUCGUCUGACAUAUGAAAAAAGGUUCACAUCUCCCAACCAGUCUUUGCUAAGCAUUCGUGGUUCCCUGUUUUCCCCAAGGCGCAACAGCAAAACAAGCAUUUUCAGUUUCAGAGGACGUGCAAAGGAUAUAGGAUCAGAAAAUGACUUUGCUGAUGAUGAGCACAGCACUCUGGAAGAUAAUGAGAGCAGAAGAGAUUCUCUCUUUGUUCCAAAUCGGCAUGGAGAACGGCGCAACAGUAACAUCAGUCAAGCUAGUAUGUCAUCCAGAAUGGUACCAGCCCUCCCAGCAAAUGGGAAGAUGCACAGCACCGUAGAUUGCAAUGGAGUGGUUUCUUUAGUUGGAGGACCUUCAACUCUAACUUCACCUACUGGACAGCUUCUACCAGAGGUAAUUAUAAGCAAACUAGGCACCACUACAGAAACAGAAGUAAGAAAAAGAAGACUGAGUUCUUAUCAAAUUUCCAUGGAAAUGCUAGAAGAUUCUGCUGCAAGACAAAGAGCAAUGAGUAUAGCCAGUAUACUUACAAAUACAAUGGAAGAACUUGAAGAAUCCAGACAGAAAUGUCCACCAUGCUGGUACAGAUUCGCCAACACUUUUUUGAUCUGGGACUGCUGGAGUCCAUGGCUGAAAGUGAAACACGUUGUCAAUUUAGUUGUGAUGGAUCCCUUUGUCGACCUGGCUAUUACUAUUUGCAUCGUUCUGAACACCCUGUUUAUGGCCAUGGAACAUUACCCAAUGACGGAACAGUUUAGUAGUGUGCUUUCCGUGGGGAACCUGGUAUUCACUGGUAUAUUCACAGCAGAAAUGGUACUAAAGAUAAUUGCCAUGGACCCUUACUAUUAUUUCCAAGAAGGCUGGAAUAUUUUUGAUGGUAUUAUCGUUAGCCUUAGUUUAAUGGAGCUUGGUCUUGCAAAUGUUGAAGGAUUAUCAGUUCUUCGGUCAUUUAGAUUGCUUCGAGUUUUCAAAUUGGCAAAAUCUUGGCCAACUCUAAAUAUGCUGAUUAAGAUUAUUGGCAACUCAGUGGGAGCUUUGGGGAAUUUGACCCUGGUGCUGGCCAUCAUUGUCUUCAUUUUUGCUGUGGUUGGGAUGCAGCUGUUUGGGAAAAGCUACAAAGAAUGUGUCUGCAAGAUCUCUAGCGACUGUGAACUCCCGCGCUGGCACAUGCAUGACUUUUUCCACUCUUUCUUGAUUGUAUUCCGAGUGCUCUGCGGAGAAUGGAUAGAGACGAUGUGGGACUGCAUGGAGGUUGCAGGUCAAACCAUGUGCCUUAUUGUUUUCAUGCUGGUCAUGGUGAUCGGCAACCUUGUGGUACUGAACCUGUUCCUGGCCUUGCUGCUGAGCUCGUUUAGUUCAGACAACCUUGCUGCUACUGACGACGAUAACGAAAUGAACAAUCUCCAGAUUGCUGUGGCAAGGAUUCAGAAGGGCAUAGAUUAUGUAAAAAAAAAAAUACAAGAGUUCAUCCAAAAAGCCUUUGUUAGAAAGCAGAAAGCUUUAGAAGAAAUCAAAGCACUUGAAGAGCUAGACAACAAGAAAGACAGCUGCAUUUCCAAUCACACUGUAGUCGAAAUAAGCAAAGACCUUAACUGUCUUAGAGACGGGAAUGGAACCACCAGUGGGGUAGGCACAGGCAGCAGCGUGGAAAAAUACGUAAUUGAUGAAAAUGAUUACAUGUCGUUCAUAAACAACCCAGGCCUCACGGUGACAGUGCCCAUUGCAGUUGGAGAAUCAGAUUUUGAAAAUCUGAACACAGAGGAAUUUAGCAGCGAAUCUGAUAUGGAAGAGAGCAAAGAGAAACUAAAUGCAUCCAGCUCAUCUGAAGGCAGCACAGUUGAUAUUGCCCCUCCUGGAGAGGGUGAGCAAGCAGAGAUUGAACCUGAAGAAGCUCUUGAACCAGAAGCCUGUUUUACAGAAGGUUGUGUGCAGAAAUUUCCAUGCUGUCAAGUAAGUAUAGAGGAUGGCAAAGGAAAAAUCUGGUGGAAUCUUAGAAAAACCUGCUACAGCAUAGUUGAGCACAACUGGUUUGAGACUUUCAUCGUCUUCAUGAUUCUCCUCAGCAGUGGAGCACUGGCUUUUGAAGACAUAUAUAUUGAACAGCGCAAAACUAUCAAGACCAUGCUGGAAUAUGCUGACAAAGUUUUUACGUAUAUUUUCAUUUUGGAAAUGCUUUUAAAAUGGGUAGCAUAUGGUUUUCAAAUAUAUUUUACUAAUGCCUGGUGCUGGCUGGACUUCUUGAUUGUUGAUGUCUCAUUGGUUAGUCUGGUAGCCAAUGCUUUGGGCUAUUCUGAACUUGGUGCCAUUAAAUCGCUUAGGACAUUAAGAGCUUUAAGACCUCUACGAGCCUUGUCACGAUUUGAAGGGAUGAGGGUGGUCGUAAAUGCCCUUGUAGGAGCAAUUCCAUCUAUCAUGAAUGUAUUGCUGGUUUGUCUUAUAUUCUGGCUAAUCUUCAGCAUCAUGGGAGUAAACCUGUUUGCUGGGAAAUUCUAUCAUUGUGUCAACACCACAACCGAUGAGAUGUUUGAUGUCAGUGAUGUCAAUAAUUACACUCAAUGCGAGGAACUCAUAAAAAACAAUCAAAGUGCUCGAUGGAAAAAUGUAAAAGUAAACUUUGACAACGUAGGAGCUGGAUAUCUUGCUCUGCUUCAAGUAGCUACUUUCAAGGGAUGGAUGGACAUCAUGUAUGCUGCUGUUGAUUCACGAGAGGUAGAAGAUCAGCCUAAGUAUGAGGACAACUUGUACAUGUAUCUCUAUUUUGUCAUCUUUAUCAUAUUUGGAUCAUUCUUUACCUUGAACCUUUUCAUUGGUGUAAUUAUAGACAACUUCAACCAACAAAAAAAGAAGUUUGGAGGUCAGGAUAUAUUUAUGACAGAAGAACAGAAGAAAUACUACAAUGCAAUGAAAAAACUAGGGUCCAAAAAACCACAGAAACCUAUACCGAGGCCAGUGAACAAAUUCCAAGGCAUGGUCUUUGAUUUUGUAACCAAACAAGUAUUUGACAUCAGCAUCAUGAUACUUAUCUGCCUUAACAUGGUCACAAUGAUGGUAGAAACAGAUGACCAGAGCAAAGAAAUGGAAACAAUUUUAUCCCGGAUUAACCUUGUGUUCAUUAUCCUUUUCACUGGAGAAUGUGUCCUGAAAUUGAUUUCACUUCGUCAUUACUACUUCACUAUAGGCUGGAAUAUUUUUGAUUUUGUGGUUGUCAUUCUCUCCAUAGUAGGUAUGUUCUUAGCUGAGAUGAUUGAGAAAUAUUUUGUAUCCCCCACACUAUUCAGAGUCAUUCGACUUGCCAGAAUAGGUCGAAUCCUGCGUCUCAUUAAGGGCGCUAAGGGCAUCCGCACUCUGCUUUUUGCUUUGAUGAUGUCUCUUCCCGCUUUGUUCAACAUCGGUCUGCUGCUGUUCCUGGUCAUGUUUAUCUAUGCCAUAUUUGGAAUGUCCAACUUUGCCUAUGUCAAGAGAGAGGUUGGGAUUGAUGACAUGUUCAAUUUUGAAACGUUCGGCAACAGCAUGAUCUGUCUCUUCCAAAUUACCACAUCUGCUGGCUGGGAUGGUUUGCUAGCCCCAAUUCUCAACAGCGGGGAACCAGACUGUGACCCUCAUAAGGAUCAUCCAGGCAGCUCCGUUAAAGGAGACUGCGGCAACCCUUCCGUUGGGAUUUUCUUCUUUGUCAGCUACAUUAUCAUAUCGUUCCUGGUAGUGGUGAACAUGUACAUUGCUGUGAUUUUGGAGAACUUCAGUGUUGCUACUGAAGAAAGCGCUGAGCCCUUGAGCGAGGAUGACUUUGAGAUGUUCUACGAAGUCUGGGAGAAGUUCGACCCUGAUGCAACACAAUUCAUAGAAUACAGCAAACUAUCAGAUUUUGCAGCUUCGCUAGAUCCUCCUCUUCUUAUAGCAAAGCCAAACAAAGUCCAGCUUAUUGCAAUGGAUCUGCCCAUGGUAAGUGGUGACAGAAUUCACUGCCUUGACAUCUUGUUUGCUUUCACGAAGCGUGUUUUGGGGGAAAGUGGGGAGAUGGAUGCCCUCAGAAUACAGAUGGAAGAUCGGUUUAUGGCAGCCAAUCCUUCUAAAGUCUCCUAUGAACCAAUUACAACUACAUUAAAACGAAAACAGGAGGAGGUGUCUGCUGUCAUCAUUCAGCGUGCUUACAGACGUUACCUUUUAAGGCAAAAAGUUAAAAAGGUGUCUAGUAUAUAUAACAAAAAUAAAAACAAAGAAAAUGAUGGACCAGUUAUAAAAGAAAUAAUUAUUGACAAACUAAAUGGGAACUCUACUCCAGAAAAAACAGAAGAGAGCUCCUCUACAACUUCACCACCUUCUUAUGACAGUGUAACAAAGCCAGACAAGGAAAAAUAUGAAAAAGACAAAGCAGAAAAGAACUACAAAGGUAAAGAUGUCAGGGAAAACAAAAAAUAA